AUGGGUGGUUUGGCUCCCCCACAAUGCGGAGACGGAACUGCCUGCUCUCCUGAGCUCAACGUGUUGCUCACUACUGGAGCGGUCUGGCCCAUCUGUAUGAAUACUCAUCGGCUCAUGGCCACGACUAGCGCAAAGGGAGAGAUAGCAAGAGAAGGAGUACGGUAUCAAGACAGCAAGUGGGGUCCGUCGGAAAGGCUCAAAAGCGACCUGAGAGUAGAACUGGAGGCUCAUUCAUUGCGAGAGCAAUUUCCUUCCGCUGUCCAAUCAACUUUCACCAAACUGAACAUCUGUUCUCAUUGGAACCCUUCAAUCCCACGCAUAUCAUUCUCAUUUAAAAGUCUUUUGAUAAGCUUAUCCACAUACAACACAUCUGAAAACACCAAGCGAGAAGACAUUGUUGACUUCCCACCGUCCAUUAUGGUUCAGAAUUUCAAUGCUCUAGGCUUGAAGCCAUCUCAGGCCAGUUUUUAUGGGGCACACUAA